UUUCUUUCCUUUUUUCUACAAAAAUGCCUCAUUCAUUUCUACUAAGACUCUCUUUCAUUGGGUUCUGUGUGUUUGUGUUUUGGGGUCAGUGUCUCUGGCUUGGAAUAUUAUAUGCAAGAGGGUGUGUGAACUAGUUUCACGCCUACAUAGCAUGAUUAUUGGUUAGAGUUCUCUUGUUUUUUUUAAUGUGAUCCUCAGUACACAAAAGUGUGAAACAAGGCCAAGUAUUGGAGGGGUGUAGGGUGAGAGUGAAAGCGAGGUGGUGAGGGAUGUGGUAGCUCUUUGAAAUUUGAGCUAUUUCCCCAUCUUUUGAGACCCAUGCUUGUGUGUUGAGCUUGGAAAGUUUCAUUUUUUUUUUGUUUUAAUUCUGGGUUACUUGUCUCUCUUUCUCUCUCUCUCUCUCUCUCUCUCUCUCUCUCUCCCUCUCUCUCUAUUGAUUUCUUUUUGUUUUGGUGAUUUUUGAUGAAGUGCGUUUUGCUUGUUAGGAGAGAGAAAGAGAGGGAAUUGGCCAAUCCUUCAUUAUGCUUAGUGUGUUUGUGCUUGCCCUUUCUCAUGUUUUGAAUCACGCAAAACAAUGCUGUGAUGAUGCUUUUACAUGGAGUUUUGUUCUGUGAUCCCUUUUCUUUUCUAGCACCAACAGAGAAAAGUGUCUGCAAUUUCGUCAUAACUUUAAAGAAAGCUAACUCUACUAUGUGAGCACUAACUAUAAAUUUCUCUUCUUGGGGCUUCUCUAAGGCAGAAGGUGAGCAAGGGAACAUAACAGCCCAGGGAAACUAGGGAGAGUGUGAAUUACUUGCUGAUGGGUCUUAGUUUGAAGAUGCAGAGCCACCAUCCUGUGGCUUUGAGGUUACAUGAUCAAAUGGGGUCUAAGAGAAAGUACACAUUCAUUCAGGCUCAUAGAGCUUGGCUUCCAAAGUUUCUGCUGCUGUGGAUCCUGCUAAUGGCUUUGAUCAGUUGGUGCAUCUAUAGCAAAAUGGAUGAUGACACUAAAGUCCGAAGGAAAGAGGUUUUGGGUAGCCUCUGUGAUCAAAGGGCAAGAAUGUUGCAAGACCAGUUUAGUGUUAGUGUUAACCAUGUCCAUGCCCUUGCCAUCCUUGUUUCAACCUUCCAUUACUACAGAUACCCUUCUGCCAUUGACCAGGAAACCUUUGCUGAGUACACUGCCCGGACAGCAUUUGAACGGCCGUUACUGAGUGGUGUGGCCUAUGCGCAAAGAGUUGUUAACUCUGAGAGGGAGAGAUUUGAGAAAGAACAUGGAUGGGUUAUAAAAACAAUGGAAAGAAAGUCUUCACUGGUUAGAGAUGAGUAUGCACCGGUGAUAUUCGCGCAAGAAACUGUCUCAUAUCUUGAGUCUCUUGAUAUGAUGUCUGGGGAGGAGGACCGAGAAAACAUUUUAAGGGCUAGAGCCACUGGGAAGGCGGUUCUGACUAGUCCUUUCAGUCUUUUGGGUUCUCACCAUCUCGGUGUGGUUUUAACAUUCCCUGUGUACAAAUCUAAGCUCCCUCAGAAGCCAACAGUGGAAGAACGCAUUGAAGCAACUGCAGGAUAUGUUGGAGGAUCCUUUGAUGUUGAGUCCCUUGUAAAGAAUUUACUUGGGCAACUUGAUGGUAACCAAGCAAUUUUGGUGAAUGUAUAUGAUAUUACAAACUAUACUAAUCCCCUAGUCAUGUAUGGGAACCUAUAUGAAGAAGGCGAUAUGUCUCUUGUGCAUGAAAGCAAGCUUGAUUUUGGAGAUCCAUACAGGAAACAUCAGAUGAUAUGUAGGUACCAUCAGAAGGCACCGACAAACUGGAUAGCUCUUACCACGGCAUUCCUAUUCUUUGUGAUUCUUUUUUUAGUGGGUUACAUUUUAUAUGGUGCUGGAAACCAUAUUGUCAAAGUUGAAGAUGAUUUCCAUGCAAUGGAGGAAUUGAAAGUCCGAGCAGAAGCAGCUGAUAUUGCCAAGUCCCAGUUUCUAGCUACGGUCUCUCAUGAAAUUAGAACACCCAUGAAUGGUAUUUUAGGAAUGCUUGCUCUGCUUCUAGAUACAGAAUUGAGUUCAACCCAACGAGAUUAUGCUCAGACUGCUCAAGCAUGUGGAAAGGCACUCAUAACAUUAAUAAAUGAGGUGCUUGACCGUGCUAAAAUUGAAGCUGGCAAGCUAGAGCUGGAGGCUGUUCCAUUUGAUCUUCGUUCCAUAAUUGAUGAUGUUCUUUCUCUUUUUUCUGAGAAAUCUAGACACAAAGGUUUAGAGCUGGCUGUGUUUGUUUCUGACAAAGUUCCGGAUAUUGUCAUGGGAGAUCCUGGGAGAUUCAGACAAAUAAUAACAAAUCUUGUUGGCAACUCUGUUAAAUUUACUGAACAAGGGCAUAUAUUUGUUAAAGUUCAUCUAGCAGACAAUCGAAAGUCCAUAAUGAAUGGAAAACACGAUACUUUUCUAAAUGGAGAAUCAGAUGAAGUUUUCCAUAUAUCUGGUGAUUAUCAUUUCAAAACCUUAAGUGGAUGUGAAGCUGCCGAUGAACGGAAUAGUUGGGAUAAUUUUAAGCAUCUAAUCGCUGACGAAGAAUAUGGCCUUGAUUCUUCUAGAGAAACAAUGGCUGCUUGUGAAUCUUCUGAGCAAGUCACCUUGAGGGUGUGCGUGGAGGACACUGGAAUUGGAAUUCCUUUCUCAGCUCAGGAUGGGAUAUUCAUGCCAUUUGUGCAGGCUGACAGCUCAACCUCACGAAAUUAUGGGGGUACUGGUAUUGGCUUGAGUAUCAGUAAAUGUCUGGUUGAGCUAAUGGGUGGUCAGAUAAACUUCAUAAGUCGACCCCAGGUUGGGAGCACCUUUUCUUUUACUGCAGUUUGUGAAGCAUUUAAGAAAAGUUCAGUUACCAACAAGAAGAAAAAUUUGGAAGAUCUGCCUUCAAGUUUUAGAGGGAUGAAAGUCAUUGUGGUUGAUGGGAAGCCUGUUAGAGCUGCUGUGACUAGAUACCAUUUGAAGAGACUAGGGAUACUAGUUAAAGUUGCAAAUAGGAUCAGUAAGGCUGUUGCUUUAUGUGGUAAGAGUGGUUCUUUGAAAUCGGGAAUGUUCCAGCCUGAUAUUAUCAUGGUUGAGAAGGACACAUGGAUAACUGGAGAGGAUGGCAUUUUCAAUACAUGGAAACAUAAUGGUCGUACGAUUAAGAUGCCUAAAAUGAUCCUUCUGGCAACCAAUAUUAGUAAUGCCGAAUUUGAUAAAGCUAAGUUCACGGGUUUCACUGAUACUGUGAUCAUGAAGCCUCUGAGAGCUAGUAUGGUGGCUGCUUGUCUUCAGCAAGUUUUGGGUAUGGGGAAGAAGAGGCAGCUAGGGAAAGACAUGCCUAAUGGUUUUCUACAUAGCCUUCUCUAUGGAAAGAAAAUUUUGGUGGUUGAUGACAAUGGGGUAAACCGGAGGGUUGCAGCAGGUGCACUAAAGAAGUUUGGAGCUGAUGUGAAGUGUGCUGAAAGUGGCAAAGUCGCCCUUGAAAUGCUGCAAUUGCCUCACAAUUUUGAUGCUUGCUUCAUGGACAUCCAAAUGCCAGAAAUGGACGGAUUUGAAGCAACUAGUAGAAUUCGGAUGAUGGAGAGCAAGGCAAAUGAGGAGAUGAAUGGCAGUGAGUGGCAUGUACCUAUACUGGCCAUGACAGCUGAUGUGAUCCUUGCUACGUACGACAAGUGCGUGAAAUGUGGCAUGGAUGGAUACGUCUCAAAGCCAUUUGAGGAAGAGAAUCUGUAUCAGGAAGUUGCAAAGUUUUUCAAAUCCAAGACCAUCUCAGACUCAUGACAAUGUGCUUUGAACUUGGCAACCAACUAGAAGAUUGAUUGGAGACAACACAUUUUAGUUUUUUUAUUUUAUCAUUACUAGCACUUUCACAUGUCACUUGUAACUAGUUACUUAUGCAUGCUCUCAUGCCUAGAGUAAUGCUUGUUUUCCUAACAUCUUUGAGUUGAGUUCGUUGAGGGAUCCUUACAAUUACCAACCGGCUGCGUUUGGCAUUAUUAGAGUAAAUGGUAUACCACGCUACACCCCCCAAUUGUGUACAGAUUUUGGGUAAGGGAUGAGUGAAAUUAUGUAAAUUCAAUGUUUUUCCCCAUCUCGUUACUUCCCCAUCAGAAGGUUUUUAUAGCAAUAGCUUUUUGUGUAAAGGCAUCUUGUAUUGUAAUAGAUUUGGUCAUUAUGUUAAAAAAUGCAUGCUUAUGUGUAGUGUAGCA